AUGUAACAGAAGGUAAAUAUUUAUAAUAACCACAAAAGAUAUCACAAAUUAGAUCUAAAUAAGGGAAGUAUCCAAAAAGUAGGAUUAUUUGUUUUGGAUAAAGAUAAUGAAAGGUUCUUAAAAAUCGGAUGUAUACUCAUAAUGGAUAAGUUUGAUGGUAAAUUGACUCAAGGAUUUGUUAAAAAUAUCAAUUUUUAAGAUUUGAUUGAAAAAAUUAAGAUAAAAGAGAGUGCCAAAUGGAAUCAAGUAUUUUUAUAUGGUUUUAAAACUAAAGAUAUCGUAUUAUAUGAUCUAUCUUUUGCUUUAAGCCCUAUUAAAAGUUUAUACUGGCUCCUAAUUUUCAUCUAAAAUUAUGUAAAAUACAUGUACCUCAAUAAUAACAAUAAAUAUUUCAUAUAUGAAGAGAUUCAAUUAAAAGUAUUAUUGAGUUGUUGCAAGGAAAUAACAUUUAACGAAUUAAAAUCUAACGCUGAGACAAUAUUUAAGCCCAAACUUAUAAGAAUUAAGAACUUCCUUUGCAGAAUAGGGUAGAAAGCAAAAGAGAGGGAAAUAGAUAGAUAAAAUUCAAAGGUUACUAAUAAGUAAGAUGAAAUAGUUUAAUAAAAAUUAAAAAAAACAACAAUGAAGAAUAUUGAAAAUAUUUCAAAUUAGAAUAGUGAUGAUCGAUAAUGCAUAAGUGGAGGCUCAAUAUUGAAAGAAAUUAAGAUUUACUUUACUAUUUUGUGUUAUGUUCAUGAAGGUAAAUUAAAUAAGGAGAAGAAAGUGGAAAACGAAAAGAAGAGAGAUUAGACAUAGUACAGAGGAUGA